AUGACCACCACGACAAGUGCAACCUCUCGCGUCGCAGGCAUCGCAGAGGGAUUUUCCGUAACUUCAAGCUUAGACGGGCUUAGGAGUGUUUCGGCGGCAAAGAUAACGUUGAAUGUUGAAGGGCACGAAGGGUCGAUAUCGGUUCUUGGGGGGACUCAUAACACAAAGCCAUCUGAUCAUCCGGUGGUCGGAGGGACCGGAGACUUCAUGUUUGUUGGAGGGUACGUGAGGUCGUCACCGGUGAGUUUGACGGGGGUUACCGUUGUGUACAAGAUUGAGUUUUAUUUGUAUUGGCCUCCUUAUGCGCCUAGUGUUGGUCACAAGGGAGUUUCUUGA